AUGGGAGAGGGAAGACAGCGUCCGACGAUGGAUCUGCUGCGGUCGGAGCCAAUGCAAUUGGUGCAACUCAUCAUCCCGAUUGAAUCAGCUCAUCGCACCAUCUCUUAUCUCGGUGAUCUCGGCUUCUUUCAAUUCAAAGACCUUAACUCAGAGAAGAGCCCGUUCCAACGAACAUACGCUUCACAGAUCAAGAGAUGUGGGGAAAUGGCACGCAAGCUACGUUUCUUCAAGGAUCAGAUGACGAAGGCUGGUUUAUCACCCUCGGUUAGAUCUGCAAUGAAUGACAGUGUUGAUUUAGACAACUUAGAGGUGAAACUUGGAGAGCUUGAAUCUGAGUUGAUAGAGAUGAAUGCAAAUCAUGAGAAGUUGCAACAAAGUUACAAUGAACUAGUAGAAUAUAAGCUAGUUGUGCAGAAGGCUGGUGAGUUUUUUCACUCAGCUCAGAGCAGUGCUGCAGCUAAGCAGAGAGAAGUUGAAGCUCAGCAAAGGGGUGAAGGAUCCAUUGACAGUCCAUUGUUACUGGAGCAAGAAAUGGUCACUGAUCCAUCAAAGCAAGUUAAGCUGGGAUAUGUCAGUGGUCUUGUCCUAAGAGAGAAAUCACUGGCUUUUGAAAGAAUUCUGUUUCGGGCUACCAGAGGGAAUGUCUUUUUAAAGCAAUCUGUAGUUGAAGAUCCUGUCACUGAUCCUGCAUCUGGGGAGAAGGUUGAGAAAAACGUGUUUGUUGUCUUUUAUUCUGGUGAAAGAGCGAGGAACAAAAUUGUGAAAAUUUGUGAAGCUUUUGGAGCAAACAGAUACCAAUUCACAGAGGAUCUGGGCAGACAAUUUCAGAUCAUUACAGAGGUAUCUGGAAGACUUGAAGAGCUUAAAACUACUAUUGAUGUUGGACUUGUGCACCAAAGCAACUUGUUACAGACAAUUGCCUAUCACUUUGAGCAGUGGAGCCUUUUGGUGAAGAAAGACAAAUCCAUAUAUCACACUUUGAACAUGCUCAGCAUAGAUGUUACAAAAAAAUGUCUUGUUGCAGAAGGUUGGUGCCCUGUUUUUGCAACAAGCAAGAUUCAAAAUGUGUUACAGCAGGCAACCGUUGAUAGCAAUUCACAAGUUGGGGCCAUAUUUCAUGUUCUCCAGACAAAGGAAUCACCUCCAACCUAUUUCCACACCAACAAAUUUACUUCUGCUUUUCAAGAAAUCGUGGAUGCAUAUGGGAUUGCAAAGUAUCAGGAAGCAAAUCCUGGUGUCUUCACGAUCAUCACAUUCCCCUUUCUUUUUGCUGUUAUGUUUGGUGACUGGGGCCAUGGUAUAUGCCUGCUUUUGGCAACAUCAUAUUUCAUAAUCAGAGAAAAGAAAUUUUCUAGUCAGAAACUCGGAGACAUCACAGAAAUGAUUUUUGGUGGUCGCUAUGUUAUUAUGAUGAUGGCGUUGUUCUCAAUCUACACAGGAUUGAUAUAUAAUGAAUUUUUUUCAGUCCCGUUUGAGCUAUUUGGACCCUCUGCUUAUGGAUGCCGUGAUCCUUCUUGCAGAGAUGCUUCUACAGCAGGUUUAGUAAAAGUACGUGCCACUUAUCCUUUUGGUGUGGAUCCUAAGUGGCAUGGUACUCGGAGUGAGCUACCAUUUCUUAACUCGUUGAAGAUGAAGAUGUCAAUUUUGCUUGGAGUAGCUCAGAUGAAUCUUGGAAUCAUUUUGAGCUACUUCAAUGCAAAAUUUUACGAGAAUGAACUCAACAUUCGGUACCAAUUUGUUCCCCAAAUGAUAUUUUUGAACAGUCUGUUUGGAUACUUGUCACUCCUCAUAGUUGUGAAAUGGUGCACUGGUUCUCAAGCUGAUCUUUAUCACGUGAUGAUAUAUAUGUUCUUGAGUCCUACAGACGAUCUUGGUGAAAAUCAGCUUUUUUUCGGUCAAAAGUUUCUCCAGAUUGUGUUACUGCUAGCGGCUCUUGUUUCUGUGCCAUGGAUGUUAUUUCCAAAGCCUUUUCUUUUAAAGAAGCAACAUGAUGAAAGGCACCGUGGUCAAUCCUAUGCACUAUUAGAUAGCCUUGAUGACCCUGCUGAAAUAGAACUUCAUCAUGGUUCCAAUAGCCAUGAAGAAUUUGAGUUCAGCGAGGUCUUUGUUCACCAACUCAUACAUACUAUCGAAUUUGUGCUUGGAGCAGUGUCUAAUACAGCUUCAUAUCUGCGGUUAUGGGCUCUUAGUCUAGCCCAUUCAGAGCUGUCAAGCGUAUUUUACGACAAGGUUUUACUUUUGGCCUGGGGAUUCAAUAAUAUCAUCAUUCUUAUUGUUGGUAUAAUUGUAUUCAUAUGCGCAACAGUUGGCGUGCUAUUAGUGAUGGAAACCCUAAGUGCAUUCUUACACGCAUUGAGGCUUCAUUGGGUGGAGUUUCAGAAUAAGUUCUAUGAAGGAGAUGGUUAUAAAUUUCAGCCAUUUUCAUUUGCAUUACUCAGCGAGGAAAAUAAAUGAAAAGAAAAAAAAAUAAUGAUAAUUUGUUCAUUAGCCAAAAGGUAGGAUACAAAAUAAUGAAACAUAGUUGGGGUCGCAAAUUACAUAUUUGUAUAGGAAUAGGUGAAGUUGCUUUCUGGGAUUAGAAAUCUUUAGAGAGCUGCGGAAUCACGUGUUUGACAAUAUCUUUGUUCACUUGCCCACUUAGUAAAUGUUGUAAUUGUUAAGACACCAUUGGUGGUUGUGGAUUUGUCUGUUAAUUGGAAAACGAAGAAUAAUUGUGAUGCAA